AUGGCCGGACAGCAACUCACCUGGCUUGUUACCGGCUGCUCCUCUGGCCUAGGGGAGGCCUUGGUGCGGGCUAUUCUGGAUAAGGGAGACAAAGUCAUCGCCACAGCCCGCGGCAGCAAAGGCGUCAGCGGAACCGACCGUCUCUCCUCCCUCAAAGAUGCCGGUGCAGCGGUCUACGAACUCGACAUGGCAUCCCCAGAAGAAGAGAUCAAGCGACAAGCUCAAGACAUCUGGGACAAGUACGGACCGAUAGAUGUCCUAGUCAACAACGCAGGGUACAUCGACAUAUCCACCUUCGAAGAGAUGACCGACGACUUCCUCCUCAACUCCCUCCGCAUCAACGCUCUCGGCCCCUUCACCCUCACUCGCGCCCUUCUCCCUCACAUGCGCGCCCGCAAAACCGGAACCAUCCUUUUCUCCGGCUCCGUAGGCACCUACUACGGCGUUCCCUGUGGGGGGCCCUACGUAGGCCCCAAGGGGCUGAUUGAGGGUAUGGUGCCGGCUUUCGCGAUGGAAGUGGCUCCGUUUAAUAUCCGGGUGUCGAUAUUGACGUACGGGCAUUUCCGUACGCAGGUCAUGGCGGCCGGGGUGAUUCAGGACCGGAAUCCGACUCGGCUGCCGGAAUACGAGACGUUAAAUCAAGAGGUUUAUGAUGGCUGUUUGGAUUGGAAUGGCAAUCAGCCGGGGGAUCCGAGGAAGGGUGCUGAGUUGGUGGUAGAGGCUGUGAAAGGGGAGGGGAGAUGUAAGGGGAUGGAGUUGCCAUUGAGGUUGCCGUUGGGGUCGGAUACGUUUGGGAUUGUGAGGAAUAGUUGUGAGGAGUUGUUGAAGGUGUGGGAUGAGUGGGAUGGGAUUACGUCGAAGACGGAUAUUGAGUAG